AUGGACAGGUCGCUCGCGACCUUGCUGAGGUCUCUGCAGACCUCAGAUCAUUCAGACGAUGCCGCCCGGUUACUACCAGCGGCCACGAGUCUUCUCUCGCGUCUUUCGAACCCUCUCAAUAUCACGCUGUUGACAUCGCAGUUACUGUCGAAUGACGUGCUGUACCCAAUUCCUACAGAGGUUGCCAGGUGUCGACCGAUUUUCAGCGUCUUUUAUACUGCGGUGCUGCGCUUGAUUGAAGAUAAGCAUAGCCCGGCACAGGAACAUAUCCGCAGCAAUCUCACCGUCACGGAAUGGACGACUGCUGUGGUACAUGGAGCAAAUGACAAAUCUCCUCGGUGGAGGCAUACAUUAUUGCUUGGAGCGCUGCUCCUGGCUUUUCAAGCUAAAGACUUCGAGGGACUGGCUUCAGGCGUAAAGAACAAACUACAAGUCGCACUCGUGGUCGCGUCAAAUCUGGCCCUGCAAGACAAGGACGCUGAGCCUAAUUGCGAGCUGGCUGUGGUCUUUGUCUUGAACCAUACCUUCCCUCUCCUCUCCGAUGCCCACCGGCAGCAGAUCAGUUAUGAUCUGCUUCUGCCUAUAUUGGUUGACGCGACAUUCUUCUCUCGCGAAGGCCUCGAGCACGGAUACUGGCUAGGGGUCAUCGACUACGACGUCCGACCGUCGCCCGACCGGAGGUUCAACUGGGCGGCCAAUUCCACAUCUUUCCGCAAAGUCACAGAGGUCAAAUCGCGAAACUUUGUAUCUGCACUUGGUGCUCUGUCGCGCUUGAUCGCUCACAGCAUCGAGAAUGUCCAUGACCGAUCCGUGAUCAUUUAUAGCGUCAACAGGCUUGCUGACUUUUCGCGCACUUUUGCUACAUCGUGGCGACAGAACAAGUUGUCCGAAGUCGAUACCAAGGAGGAAGCUCAAUGCUUGGACCAGGAGACUAUCAACAAGACCUUCCCCGUUCUUCUACAGGUGCUCAGAGACACAAUGUUCUCUGUGGUUAUCAGCCUCCGAUCGGUGCUAGGAAGACUUCUCUGUGACAGGGUUCUGGCGUCUGACACCAAUUGCCCCGGCAUAGCCAUGCAAUCUUUGCACAUUUUGCGUGACACAUACUUCAUAGCACACCGAUUCGGGCUCACCUCAUCUUCACAAUACGUAUUUGUCAACUUUACAGCCAUUGAUAUCCUGAGCCAAUAUCCGCUACAGUCGGAAAAUUUCCUUGACUCUAUCCGACCAGCUGAUCUUGGUCGAAUUCCUCCUCACCCCCUCGACAGGCUCCAAGAUCUCUUCUUCCUCAACACUGCCGAGCAUUUCACCUUGAUCCUGCCACCGCAAACCAACCAGGACCUCCUCUUUAACGCGGCAACCCCGUAUGUUGAUCCACAAGGAGAUCCGCGGUUGGCGGAGAUCUUUGAAGCUGCCCACAGUGUUGUGUUGGCCAUCCUUGCUGCACCUCAAAACGCGGAGCUUGCGGCAAAAAUGGUUCCGUUUUACGUCGAGACACUGCUCCAGAGCUUUCCAAACCCGCUGUCGGCACGCCAGUUCCGAUUAGCCAUCAAAUCUGUUGUCCGUAUCGCUGCGCCACCGUCUGCCAUUGCCGCCUCUAUGCCUCAUCUCCAGGCCGUUGUUCUUGAUCUGCUUAGGGAACGUAUGGAUCGUGCCUCGGAAGAUUCACUUCCACCUAACCCAGAUCUCCCCCUCGAGAACAGUCAACCUUUGUCUGAAAAGGCUGUUUUACUUCUUGCAAUCAUUGAUUGUUUGAGUUUUCUGCCUGUUCCAUUAUUGGAGGAAUGCCUUCCUUUGACUGCAGAGCUCCUGUACAAGGUCGGGCAUCCGAGCCAAAGAAAACAAUGCCAACAGCGACUGUGGGACACGCUAAGCAAUGGCGAGAUGGACGUUGAGCGUGCUGCAACUUGCGUUGCUUGGUGGACUUCUAGAGGAGGUCGGGAGCACGUCUUGUACGGAGAGCAGUCGGAAGAGCAAGAUUUCACCAUGAGCGGUGCAUUACAGUUCGACAACAAGCUGUGA